AUGUUAGACAUAAAAAUCGAACAACGUGUUAACAUUAAAUUUCUUGUUAAAUUAAAAAAAACUGCCGCGGAAUCGUUUCGUAUGUUAUGUGAAGUUUAUGGUGAAGAAUGUUUAUCAAGAGCUCGUGUUUUUGAAUGGCACAAACGGUUUUGUAGUGGAAGGGAGGACGUCGAAGAUGAUGAUCGUUCUGAACGUCCUACCACGUCUUCAACAAACGAAAACGUUGAAAAAAUCGACAAAAUUAUUCGGCAAGAUCGUCGAUUAAGUGUUAGAGCUGUAGCAGAGAUGGUAAAUAUUGAUAGAGAAAGUGUUCGUAAAAUUUUAGUUGAAAAUUUAAAUAUGAAUAAA